GCGAACUAGUCAAUUCCGUUACCCCGGCACCCGGCAACAAAGUUGGAAAUUGUAAACAAGACACCCGAAUCUGUGCAUAGCACCACGCUUGGCUUAGGUUGGCUAGGUAAAACCCACCCUGAACAAGGCAUCGACUUAAUUAACACUUUGUGCUUCCUCAGCGACUUUCACAACGUCUCCCUCCACUUCAUCUGUAUCUGGGGCUUCGCUCCUGGCUUCCUACUUUUUGUUUCAACUCGUACUUCGACCAACGCGUAUUCUUACCAUGGACACGUCAGAGAAUCCGUCCUUCCGUCAAUCAGGGAUACCCCAGAUCCGACCGCCAACUCGAUAUCCCAAUCCCGUCACCACUGGGUUGCAUGAGAUAACCGAUUCGCAAAGCAACUCGCGGGCUCAGAUCCCGUCCAUGCUCCCACCACAGAAAGGCUUGAAGAGACCAUAUGCCGGGACUGCCCAACCAGAACCGAAGAGGAAAACACUCGCAGAAAAGGGGGGAGAAUGUUACGGCGGGAAACACACACUUCCAUCCGCUAUGCCGGCCCCUCGACAAGUAAUCGGUGCUACGCCGCUCGGUCUAGCAAGCAAACAUCCGGCCCGCCACACAUCCAACACUUCCAUAUCUUCCCGACAAACGUCCACGAACAACUAUGCUAGCAGUCUCGGUCCUGGGCAACGGCCCCCCACCCGCCCACAGUCUGUCACGUCUUUUAACCAUUCCGUCAAUGGGCGGCCGCGAGCCAACACCACCCGAGCCCGUCCAGUAACAGCUAUGGGCAACAGCAGAUUGGUGGAGAAUGAGCAGGAAGACGGGAAGCAACAGAAUGGUACGAGACUACCGGCUCCAUUACAUCCAUCAAGCCAGGGAGGACAGGGAAGCUUGCAAAUCAAGUUGUCAAGUACUUCCUCAACGCAGGCCUCAAGUUCUCAGGCCCAACGAGCAAGUAACAGACAGGCAUCUCUUAGCUCGCUGGCCGGAAAACUUGAAGAGCUGAGCAUUCAUGACCCGGGGCCGAACGGUUGGCUACGUAAAGGAAGUCAAGCGAUUUCCAACAUGGGCAGUCAUCCAUCAUCAGAUUACCCUUGCCCACCCGGCGUCCCCACAGACAAUUUCACUUCUCAGGCUGGCCGGAGAGAUGACGUUGCCAGGCAUAUCGAUUGCCGGCCGACCGAAUCUCGGCCAGGGGCGGGAACCUGGCCUAAGACGCCAGCCCGUCAGCAGAAUGCUAAAGAGGCGUUGGAGACAUUUGAGGCGUUCCUUGUGGACGUUAUCAAUACUCCUAGAUCGCCGACAAAGUCUUCUCCUGUUAAACUGCAAUUUCUGACCAAAGAGUCUACGUUAACUGGAUUUACAGCUUGGGACAUGGACGAGCGCCUGAACAACGUCGAAUCCCAAUUCAUGGUCAUGAAAGAGGCAAUGAACGUAUCCUUGACAGAUAAGAAGACUCUGGAGGAUGCAGUGGAUUUGGCAAAAACCAGAGUGAGCGACCUCGAACGGGAACGCGAUCGCAUUGACGAGAAGAACUCGCAGCUCCGGGCUGAGAUUGAGACUCUGAGGCAACAAAACCAGUCACUAAUCCUGGACCUGGAAGCGGAGCGAAGGAAGUAUAAAUACGAUCUCGAGGACAAAACCCGCGAGCACCGAAACGAAGUUGAUCAGCUCCGGCGAGAACUCAGCGACGAGGCAGAACGACUCCAGAGGGUGCACCGUGAGGCCAUGGAGGCUCUGGAAAGGCACUACCGCGUGGAGUUGGAAGAUGAGCGCCUCCAGAAUACCAAGGAGAUUCAAGAGCUGAGGACGAAGCUGGGAACGGAACAGCAAGACUUGAACCUGGCACUGGAAGGGAAGGACCAUGAGAUGCAGAGCGUGCGGGCGCAGAUGGAAGAACUGAAGUCCGACCUUGAACUGGAGAAGACCAUCAAGAGCAGCCUCCAGAAGCAAAUCGCGGAAAUGUCAACGACGAGUCUGACGCUGGAGGAGCGGAAUCGGGCUUUGCGGGCCCAGAUUGACUUCCUCGAGUCAGACAGCAAGCAGCAGUCGGAUUCAUUCACGAGCAUGGAGGCACGGCUCCAAGACGCCCUGCGCCAGGCAGAAGAAGCACGGCAAAAGCUCAUCAAGGAAGAGACGGAACGGCGGAUCCUCUUCAACAAGUACCAGGAACUGAAGGGCAACAUCCGUGUUAUGUGCAGGGUGCGGCCAGUGCUCGACAAUUCUGAAGGCGAGGAGGCAAAGCUUCUGUUCCCCGACCUCAAGACGUCGGCGCAGAUCGACGUCAUGGGCCCCGAGGAGAAGAGCAGCCUCGGUAACGUCAGCCGCAAGACCAUCCCAUUCGAGUUCGACCGUGUCUUCUCCCCGGGCGUGCAUAACGAAGAGGUCUUUGGCGAAAUCUCGCAGCUCGUUCAGAGCGCUCUCGACGGGUACAACGUCUGCAUUUUCUGCUACGGCCAGACCGGGUCGGGCAAGACGUACACCAUGUCCUCGCAGGACGGCAUGAUCCCGCGGGCCACCCACAUGAUCUACGACACCGUCACCAAGCUGAGGGAGAAGUCGUGGACUUACAGCAUGGAGGGCAGCUUCGUCGAGGUGUACAACGAGGAGUUGCGCGACCUGCUCACCCCCGCCAAGGAAGUGGACCCCAAGAAGAGGAUUGAGAUCCGCCACGACGAGGCUCGCAAGCAGACGGCCGUGACCAACUGCAAGAGCGUGUCCCUCGACUCGGCCGACACGGUUGAGGUGAUGCUGCGGCAGGCGCAGAACAACCGCAGCGUGGCGGCGACCAAGGCCAACGAGCGGUCCUCGCGGUCGCACUCGGUCUUCAUCCUCAAGCUCGUCGGCGAGAACUCGGCGACGGGCGAGCGGUGCGAGGGCACGCUCAACCUGGUGGACCUGGCAGGCUCGGAGAGGCUGAACCACUCCGGGGCCGAGGGCGACCGCAUGAAGGAGACGCAGAACAUCAACAAGAGCCUGUCGUGCCUGGGCGACGUGAUCGAGGCGCUGGGCCGCGGGUCCGCCCACGUGCCCUACCGCAACUCAAAGCUCACGCACCUCCUGCAGUACUCGCUGGGCGGCAACUCGAAGACGCUCAUGUUCGUCAUGGUCAGCCCGCUUGAGGCCCACCUAAGGGAGACGUUGACGAGUCUGCGGUUUGCGACGAAGGUGCAUAAUACUCACAUUGGGACGGCCAAGUCCACCAAAAAGACGAAGGACCGGGCAGGGGAUUCGUAAUAUUAGGACAAGAGUCGAAAUUGCUUGCAACGAGUGAGGGGUUGGGG